AUGGCGAGCACGUCGGCGGAGAUCAUCGCCUUCCUGCUGACCAUCUCGGGCUGGGUGCUGGUCUCCUCCACGCUGCCCACCGACUACUGGAAGGUGUCCACCAUCGACGGCACGGUCAUCACCACCGCCACCUUCUGGGCCAACCUCUGGAAGACCUGCGUGACCGACUCCACCGGCGUCUCCAACUGCAAGGACUUCCCAUCCAUGCUGGCGCUGGACGGUUACAUCCAAGCCUGCAGAGGACUGAUGAUCUCCGCCGUCUGCCUGGGCUUCUUCGGUGCCAUUUUUGGACUGGUUGGGAUGAAGUGUACGAAAGUCGGAGGCUCCGAUCAGACUAAAGCAAAAAUAGCUUGCUUAGCUGGACUGAUUUUCAUACUCUCUGGGUUGUGCUCUAUGACUAGUUGUUCCCUGUAUGCAAACAGGAUUACGUCUGAGUUCUUUGAUCCUUCUUUUGUUGCACAAAAGUAUGAAUUAGGAGCAGCUUUGUUCAUUGGAUGGGCUGGAGCUUCACUCUGCAUAAUUGGUGGCAGUAUAUUCUGCUUCUCAAUAGCUGAAAACAGUAAUUCUCCAAGGAGGGGGUAUGCAUAUAAUGGAGCCACAUCUGUGAUGUCUUCUCGUACAAAGGUUCACAACAGUGUCCCAGAAAAAACCCCACCAAAGCACUUUGACAAGAACGCUUAUGUUUAA